AUGUGACAGCAGCCGCUGCGUUCAGCUAAUAAUUUAAAAUACAAACUGUUAUAUACCGCGUGAUCUAAAUGUUUAUGUCACUGAAAUAUCAUUGCUUCUGUCCACAAAAUCUGAAUGAAGCUAAAUGAGCUUAUAAUUGUAUAUUUUUUACAUUUUCUUUAAACACAAGCCGAAGAUGCUGAGCCACCGCUUCCUUACUGCGCAUGCGCAAGAGUAGUUUACUGAUGGAAAAAAAGGUCACGAACUCUGACCCUCCCACCAACUGCAACAAACAGCUAAAAUAUUAAUAUAUUGGAGCCAAUUCAUUUCUUGACCUAACAGCUUCUUGACAGGUGUCCAUACCUCAUGGGGCACUGACGUAAAAAGCAGUGGAAGUAGAUGUGUGCAGUAUCGGUAUGGAUGGGCAGACUCAAAGGAUUCAACUUGUGUCGGCAGACAGCAGCAUGGCUUUGGGACACAGAAUCCAGAUUGUGACUGAUCAGCAGACUGGCCAGAAGAUCCAGAUUGUCACAGCACUUGAGCCAUCGUCUCCUGGAAAGCAACAGUUUAUUCUAGCAAAUGCUGAUUAUUCUCCCGGUGGUAAGGUGAUUUUGGCCAAGCAAGAAGUGUCACCCAACAAGGUCAUCCUCGCUGCUCCAGACGGCUCUGGGGUUAACCAGCUGUUGUUUGCCUCCCCUGAACUGGCUGGGCAGCAGAUUCAGUUUGUAACGGAAAGCUCAGACCCGUCUAUUGUCAAGACAGUUGUGGAGUACUGCGUUGUCUGUGGGGACAAAGCCUCAGGGCGUCAUUACGGAGCUGUUAGCUGUGAGGGCUGUAAGGGCUUCUUCAAACGCAGCAUUAGGAAGAACCUGGUGUACACAUGCAGGGGCUCUGGAGAGUGUGCAAUCAACAAGCUUCACCGAAACCGCUGCCAGUACUGUCGACUGCAGCGCUGCAUAGCUCUCGGCAUGAAACAAGAUUCUGUGCAGUGUGAGAGGAAGCCUGUUGAAGUGACCACCAGAGAGAAAUCUGUCAACUGUGCAGCCUCCACUGAAAAAAUCUACAUCCGCAAGAACCUGUGUAGCCCUCUGGCUGCCACACCCACUUUUGUAUCUGACAAAGAAACUGCCAGGUCUACAAGUUUGCUCGAGUCAAGUAUGUUGCUCAACAUUCAACAACCCUUCUCCAAGCUGGAAAAUACCAUCUUGAUCCCAACAUCCCCUGACAAGGAGGAUGACCCAUCUCAAGGCGACCUUGGUACGUUGGCGAAUGUAGUGACAUCCCUCGCCCACCUCAACAAGGCCAGGGAGACAAGUGACAGCGGCAAUGAUCUGAUGGGAGUUGAGACGCUUAGCAAUGGCGAUAGCUCGAUGACGGACAUCCAAGGAGAAGAGCAAACACCAAGUGAUAUCACUCGAGCGUUUGACACCCUGGCCAAAGUCCUGCAUUCUGGUGACGGCACAGCAGCAGACUCCUUGGAGGCCACAAUGCAGCUGAUGUCAGGGGACCAGUCGGGUCCUGUGGUGGAGUUAGAGGGACCUUUACUCUCUGACAGCCAUAUUCCCUUCAAGCUUAUGAUGCCUUUGCCUGUGCCAGAGUACCUCAAUGUCAACUACAUCUGUGAGUCAGCUUCACGGCUACUUUUUCUCUCUAUGCACUGGGCACGCUCCAUACCUGCCUUUCAAGCCUUAGGUGGUCAAGACAAUGACAUUAACUUGAUGAAAGCCUGCUGGAAUGAGCUGUUCGCCCUGGGUCUGGCACAGUGUUCCAACGUUAUGAAUGUUGGUACCAUCUUAAGUGCCAUUAUCAACCAUCUGCAGACCAGCUUACAGGAAGACAAGUUAUCCCCAGAGCGAGUAAAACUCGUAAUGGAGCACAUCUGGAGGAUGCAGGAGUUCUGUAACAGCAUGUCCAAGCUGUCCCCGGAUGCUUAUGAAUAUGCCUUCCUCAAAGCCAUCGUUCUCUUCAGCCCUGAUCACCCAGGCAUUGAUAAUACCCCACAAAUAGAGCGGUUCCAAGAGAAGGCUUACAUGGAGCUGCAGGACUAUGUAACUAGGACCUACCCAGAAGACUCCUAUCGGUUAUCCAAGCUGUUGCUGCGUCUUCCUGCUCUCAGGCUGAUAAGUGCAGCUGUCACUGAGGAGCUGUUCUUCGCUGGGCUCAUUGGCAAUGUGCAGAUUGACAGCAUCAUACCGUACAUCCUCAAAAUGGAGUCGACUGAUUAUAACAGCCAGGCGGUCUCUGGGGUCUGACAUAACGUGCCAUUUGUUAUAAAAAAACAAACAAACAUGGGACUGUGAACACUCAACAGCCAAUCAGAGCGCUUCUUUCACUGGUCACUGAGUGGUCAUAACAUACUGUAUUUAUGACACAGCAUCCUAUAUGAAUUCUCCUUUCACUCUUACCUUGCUCCUUCUCGUGACUCCUCAGUCACCAGCCAGUAGAGCGUGGCUCACAAAGAGGACAAGAUAAAAUCAACUCCAGUGGCAAGUGAGCCUGCCGAUAUCUGCCCAUUCAGGAAUUAACCCUUGAAACCUGCAUAGUAGAUUGUGCUUUUUAUUGUACAUAGUAUUUUAUGCUUCAUUGCCUCCAAGCCUUUCCUUUUUCUGCAGAUCUUGUACUUGAAGGAAUCAGGAUGGUUUCUUUUUCACUGCUUUCCUACACAUGGUUGUGCUUUUUUUAUUUUCUAAAAAUUAUGAGGUAAAACACUUGUCAUAAUGUGAAACGAUUUGUGAAAUGCUGUUAUCGCUAAAGGUUAUAACCUUUAUUUUGUAUUUGUUUGCCAAUCCAAAGGAUAGGGCCAGCAUCAAUUGUCUGAAGUAACUGUGUAUAUAGGUUUGUAUAUAAAAUGCACCAAGAAGGCUAUAAUGGGCAGCACUUGCUUGGUAAUGAAUGGAUUCCAUCUUUUAGACAAAGAUGGAAGAUUGAAAAUGGUCAAGCCAUUUGAAAAUAAAAACAU